CUCAGAUCUUACUCGGAUCCGUACAACUUCAGGACAUGCCUCGACGACCUCGCCCCGCUUCCCGACGUCCCCCAGUGCUCGCAGAGCAGCAUCCUCUUCCUUCAAGAGUGAAGCCACAAGAACCUGGAAAGGAGAAACGCGAGUUUGCCCGACAACUCCAGCAAUUUGACGAACUUGGAGAGUCUGAAGCCUCCGAGGCGUCCGGAUCCGAGUCUGAAGGGUUCUUCCAGCAGGAAGAGGACGAAGAUCCCGCGUCGCUGGACGACGGCUCUGAUGAUGAUAUUGAAGAUGAUGUGCUAGAGGAGCUCGAUGUCGAUGGGGCGCGCGUCGCUCAAUGGGUUGAUGAUGAGGAAGUGGAGGACAUAAGUGAAGAGGAGAGCGAUGCGGAGUCUAGUGCGUCUGAGGAGGAAGCGGAACCGACUUACCGAGCAGAGGACGCCCUCGCUUCUCUGUCGUUCGGCACACUGCGGAAAGCGCAACGAGAGUUAGCACGCGCUAGUGCCUUCGAUGCCGGAGAUUCAGAUUCAAAUCUUGACGAAGACGAAGACGAGGUGGAACAGGCACCUUCGCGCUACGAUCCCAAGGGCAAGGCAAAAGAAGUGGAAGAGCCCAGAAAGCCUAAGAAAGACAUCCCGAAACGCCCACAUAAACAUGCUCCUACAGAAGUGACUUCGAAGAAACCUGUAGCAAGGAAAAAGCCGGCUGUCGAAGGAGAGAAAGCGAUAGCUCGAGAUCCACGUUUCUUACCCAUGACCGGGGAGUUCUCAGACAAACGCUUCCGUGCACAAUAUGGCUUCCUCGCAAACCUGCAUACUCAAGAGAUGCAGACCCUCAAGGAUAAUUUAAAGCGUGCACGUAAACUUCUGGUAAACUCCCCAAAACAUCUACGGGAAGAACGCGAACAAGAGGUUCAACGACUAGAACGCGCUUACAAACGCGCUGAGAGUAUGGUCAGCAAGGAUCGACGAGAGAAGAUCGAGCAGGAGGCACUCGAGAAAGUGGCUCAGGAGGAGAAGCAGAAGCAGAAAGCAGGAAAGGGCGCAUGGUACAUGAAGGAUUCGGACAAGAAGGAUCUUCUUCUGCGGGCGAAAUACGAGGCUUUGGCAGCGUCAGGCGGGCGCAGGGCGGUCAGGAAAGCCAUAGACAGGCGGCAGAAGAAGGCGGGUCAGAAAGAGAAAAAGAGUCGACCGUUUGCGCCCGGUUCUUCUGGAGUCCCACAGCGGAAACGAUCUGGUGCUGCUCAUGGCGACGACAGUCAGCGAAGCGAAAAACGUAGGCGGGUAGGUUGAUGCCUCGCGGUCUACAUUCACCUCCUUCCUCCUUCUUAAGUCGCCGUCAGGGCGCCGGCUAGCCUGCCUGCAGUAGCCGUGGAUGCUUCAGACUACUAUAAUACAUACCACCGCCGUGCUACAGCUAUGCUGUGUCGGUGCAGUCAAUUUA